CUCGGAGAAAGGUAUGCUGCAGAUCUUGAUAUCGGGAGGCAUACUUGAACGUCCUGGACUUCUCGAUCUUUGAACCUUUUCAUUCUUGAACGGUGGAAUGCUGCACCCUCUUAAUGUUAACGUAUCUAUGUAUCACCAACGUUUUGGACACGAUACGGUGAGAAAGACUCAUCCCGAACCUCGUGGUUGCAUACCCACGCAAUUAUUCCUUCCGGAUCGUUGUAACUGCCGAGAAAUUCUCACAGAGGCAGUUACAUUCUUCUUGACUACUAGUAGUACUUCUGCUCUUUCCGACAUGGCUGGCAGUUCAACUGGAGAUUUGCCAUUCUCUGCACAUCGUCGCAAGGCACUAGCUGGAGCUUCCGGAUGGGUCGGGCUUGUGCGCAAUCGUAAAGUAUUUUCUAUUGCAGUCUUUGCUUCUCAGGGAGGACUGCUUUAUGGAUAUAAUCAAGGUGUCUUUUCUGGAGUACUUGGAAUGUAUAGCUUCCGUCAGCAGAUGGGCUCUGCUGUUUCAGAUUCAGCGAAAAAAGGAUGGCUGGUCGCUAUACUCGAGUUGGGAGCUUGGUUCGGUGUUCUGGCGUCAGGUUAUCUGGCUGACAAGUUAUCCCACAAACACGCCAUCUUUCUGGCGGUCGUCGUGUUUUGUAUGGCGGUUAUCGUUCAGGCGGCGGCCAAAGACCCCUCCUCUAUUUAUGGUGGCAGAUUUGUAGCCGGCCUUGGCCUUGGUUCUAUCAGCAUGGCAGUUCCACUCUACAAUGCCGAGCUUGCGCCUCCAGAAGUACGGGGAAGCUUGGUAGCGCUUCAACAAUUGGCCAUCACGUUUGGAGUUAUGAUCUCCCUCUGGAUCGAUUAUGGGACAAAUCACAUCGGCGGCACCGGUAAAGGACAGGUGCCUGCGAUCAUCCUAGGUUGCGGAAUUAUUUUCAUGCCAUUCUCACCUAGAUGGCUGAUCAACCAAAGACGAGAUGAUGAAGCCCUUACGGUACUCAGCAAUGUCCGAGCACUUCCCCGGGACGAUGACCUGGUACGUAUCAAGUUCCUCGAAAUUAAAGCACAAUACGUAUUCGAGAAAGAGAGUUCUGAAGCAAAGUUCCCCCAAUAUCAGGAUCCGUCAUUCGCAUCCCAAUUCAGACUAGGAGUAUAUGGCUAUUUAAUGUUGAUUCUUGAUCGGAGUGAGUUCUAUAUUGUUCAUAAUGUUAAUUCUAAGUCAUGGCAAGAUUUACUUUGGCGUGUCGCUGUCGGCUCACUAAUCAUGUUCUUUCAACAAUGGACCGGGGUCAACGCUGUUUUGUAUUACGCGCCUAGCGUCUUCAAAUCUCUAGGUCUAACCGGGAAUACGUUAUCUCUUCUCGCAACAGGUGUUGUUGGUAUUGUUAUGUUUUCGGCAACGAUUCCAGCUGUCUUGUUCAUUGAUCAGCUGGGACGGAGGCCGGUUCUCGUCUCUGGGGCUUUUUUUAUGGCUACAUGCCACUUUGUCAUCGCCAUCUUGACUAGUAUAUUCCACGAUAGCUGGCAGAGCCAUAUAGCUGCUGGAUGGGUAGCUUGCGCCUUCGUUUGGAUUUUCGUCAUGGGCUUCAGUUACAGCUGGGGUCCUUGCAGUUGGAUUAUCACCUCUGAGAUACUCCCUCUGAGUAUUCGAAGCAAAGGCAAAUCUAUUGCUAUGAACCACUUCAUAAUUGGUCAGGUAACGCCAUCGAUGUUUCAACACCUUGGAUACGGAACUUUCAUUUUCUUCGGAAUUUUCACAUUUCUAGGAGGCUGCUUCAUUAUGUGUCUGGUACGUUCGGCUUCCUACCUGGAAGAAUUUGUAUUAUCGAGAGUGUCAACUUGGGUCCCGGAAACAAAGGGAGUAAGUUUAGAAGAAAUGGAAGAAUUGUUCGGUAAUAUCACCAGCUUGGCCUCAGAGGAUCUCCACCGUCUUGAAGACAUCCAUAGACGCUUUGGCUUAAUUGUUGGAAGUGUCGACCAGAAGCAUGGUAAAGCUGGCAAGGUGUCUCAUGACGAGAACGCAAGGGAGAGCUAGGCGCACUUACGAAAGCAAUCUUACUUCGUUUUGCGUUGUAUGAUUAAGAACUACGAGGCGCACCAUUCAUUCAUGUACUUUGGUUGAGAUUCGCGCUCAUAACUCCACCCAGGUAUUUGCCGACCUUUCGACGCGAGACAAUGUGCCUAGCUGCGGAAAAUGGGGUCGUCGGGCAUCGUUAACUGCAGGACCACCUAGGAUCAGGCACAAGAUAUAUAAUUUUUUCGAAAGAAACGUGUAGAGACUUGGUUUUAAAGUAAACAUUGUCAACAGCUGAGCGCAUACACGUGCAAUUUCGGUACAUUACCAAGACUCAAGAGCCCGGACUCUUCUCUGUCCUUCUUUG